AUGGCGGCGAAGGAGGAUCAAGAGUACCUACUCGGCCAGCACGGACGAGAAGUUGAACUCCUGUCUGAGGGGAAGAUUGUCUUCGCUCCUGUUGAACUUGACAAGUCCGGCCUCAGUGUUCUAGACGUGGGAUGUGCCGAUGGAACCCUGCUCCGUGACCUCCAGAAACAGGUCUCGCCCUCUGCACAGUUGGUAGGAUCCGACGUCAUGGGCCCAUUUCUACCUACAUCGCCGCAAGGCAACAUUCGAUAUGUUCAGGCCGACAUUUGCGAGCCUCCUGCAAGUGAUUUGGCCGGGUCAUUUGAUUUGACACAUGUUCGAUAUGUUUUGCCCGGGUGUGCUCGCGUGGGCCUGGACACUGCUGUGGCAAAUCUCACAGCAACCCUGGCACCAGGAGGAUGGCUUCAAAUUCAAGAAAUGGACGUGGACCCAAAUCGGCCUGAUGCAGGUCCAGCAUGGCAGGAUGUCAAUAGCAUCCUAUCUGGCAUGUUCGCCAAGAUCGGCAUGGGAUCUCAGUUCACUUUAUUGAUUGCCGAUUCGAUGAAGAAAGCCGGCUUGGCAAAUGUAUCUGUCGAGGCUAUUGAUUUGCCCAUGGGGAAAUUGAUCGAGGGCGAACAGGAACGGAAAGACUCAAUCGAGCCUUUUAAGAUUACUAUCCCAGUUAUUUCACAAGCUGCAAAAGGACUUGGCAUUGAGCUACCCGAAUCAACUUAUGAUCGUUUGCCUGAAAGAUUUCAGGACGAAGCCAUGAACCAAGGUGUUGUGUUUCGAUGCUUGGUCAUUGUUGGACAGAAGCCAGUGUAA